AUGCCGUCGCUUUGGUAUUUGUGCAUCUACUUGAGGCUUCUCAGCUGCAUACUCGCAGCUAGUGAUACAGACUUCGACGGAGUCCUCAAGCUCUACUCCGGCACGAAAUACAAGAGCUCGUUCGCCACCAUCAAGUUCAAUUACGCCAGCCGAUGCUACAGCUUGGAUUGCGACUCUCUGGACAACAAGGCUGCGUCGGCCAAGUGGGACAAGCUUCCGACCUCUAGCUCGGACACGCUCAUCUUCUAUAGUGAAGCCGACUGCACGGGACACAGAGGGACAGCUCAGCUUUCCAAGGCCGCGGGGGUUACUGAUUUCAAGCAGCUGAGCGGCCAGGUUUCGUCCUUCAUCUUCAAGACGAAGGAAACGACGAGCGAUGCGAUCACCAAGCGAGGGAAGUCGAAUGUCUGCAGCUGGACCAGUGUUGGCUCAGACGGUAUUCUCGAAGAAGACCCGACUCUAGCUCUCAACUUCUGA